AUGAUUAGAAUCGGCUGGAUGGCCUUCCUCCUAGACAUACAAUUCGUCCUCUUCUUCCGCACACCACCACGAUUCACGAUCACCGAAAUGAUCGGUGAAUUACCAUGCCCUGAUGAACUAUACACCGAGAUGCCGGAACCCCAAGUUGAACGUCAAAUGCAAUCACAGAUGGAAGCUCUAUCUCGUUCUACACACGAGUCGAUAUCUUUAUCCACACUAAUCGAUUUGCUUAUGCAACCCUCUUGGUCGGACAAAAGCCAGCUCUCUAAGCUGAACGCGCGAGGACUUUUCAGCGGUAUUUGUGCGCAGACUACGCAUUCGAUUACUUAUAUGCGUCCCGUAAUUGAGAGAGCACUAGACAAAUGGCGAACAUUAUGGGACGAACUACAGAGCAGAUCUGAUAAGGAACAGCUCGAGAGGCUGGGAUUCAUGAAACACGCACUGGAGUUCUGGGUUCUUGCCAAAACACUCCUACACGCCGAUCCUCAUCUGCUUAAGAUUGAGAAUGUCGAUAUGCCCUCCAAGAGCCAUUUGUAUGUCAUUUAUAAGCAAAUUGGGAAUGUGUCGCUCGCAUAG